ACUGGCAGCUUUGAAAUCACAGACCCUGUUCACUCUCCCCACCCACAAGGUUUACAAAAAAUUCUUAGGCGGUUUUCCCCCUGGCCAAAAUGUGACAGCUAUUAAAAUGGCAGGUUUCAGGUUAGCCAAGUGAGAGGCAGACAUGUGUUUCAGAGGACGGGAAGGUUAUUUCCACCGUGUACAAGUGGAUGCUGCUUUGAACACUGAUGGUCAGGUAACAUAAAAUGGGCGAAUCUGCAGGGGGAUUUAACUGGGAAGAAAGUAUUACAGGCGGAGGGAGUGUCUCAUAAUUUCCAACAGAGCCACCCCAAAUAAACCUUGAAGCCAAGUAAGAGAACGGAAACUGCAUUAGGAAUGCAGCAGCCGCAGAGCCAUCGCACUGGAAAAUAAUUUUUUAUUUUCAUGAUAGCCUACCGUUGAAUUUACCGUUCUGAUAUUAAUGAAACAUCUCUAUAAAGGGUUGAAGUGUCUUCCCGGAUUGUCAACUUAUUUUGUUUUAUUUUCUUCAAGCAACAAUUGCUAAGGAACAGAAUUGUCAAUUUAUUAAUGAAAUAUGACGUGUGUUGAACAAGACAAGCUGGGUCAAGCAUUUGAAGAUGCUUUUGAGGUUCUGAGGCAACAUUCAACUGGAGAUCUUCAGUACUCGCCAGAUUACAGAAAUUACCUGGCUUUAAUCAACCAUCGUCCUCAUGUCAAAGGAAAUUCCAGCUGCUAUGGAGUGUUGCCUACAGAGGAGCCUGUCUAUAAUUGGAGAACGGUAAUUAACAGUGCUGCGGACUUCUAUUUUGAAGGAAAUAUUCAUCAAUCUCUGCAGAACAUAACUGAAAACCAGCUGGUACAACCCACUGUUCUCCAGCAAAAGGGGGGUAAAGGCAGGAAGAAGCUCCGACUGUUUGAAUACCUUCACGAAUCCCUGUAUAAUCCGGAGAUGGCAUCUUGUAUUCAGUGGGUAGAUAAAACCAAAGGCAUCUUUCAGUUUGUAUCAAAAAACAAAGAAAAACUUGCCGAGCUUUGGGGGAAAAGAAAAGGCAACAGGAAGACCAUGACUUACCAGAAAAUGGCCAGGGCACUGAGAAAUUACGGAAGAAGUGGGGAAAUUACCAAAAUCCGGAGGAAGCUGACGUACCAGUUUAGUGAGGCCAUUCUCCAAAGACUCUCUCCAUCCUAUUUCCUGGGGAAAGAGAUCUUCUAUUCACAAUGUGCUCAACCUGAUCAAGAAUAUCUCAGUUUAAAUAACUGGAAUGCAAAUUAUAAUUAUACAUAUGCCAAUUACCAUGAGCUAAAUUACCAUGAUUGCUAAAUAUACUUUCACAUUUCAUGGUUUACUGGCAUCGGAAAUCUCUACAAUUUUAAGGAUUUCUCCCUCUCUCUCUUUUUUCCCUUCUCUGAAGAAAUUUAGGAUUUUUCUCUUAAAGCAAAUACUAAAGAGGAAAAAAAAAUAACUUUAUUGUUGCUUUUAUCAAAGAGUAUGUAAUCUAUACUAACUUGCUGGGAAAUUCUGCCAAUGAACAGCUUUUUUAUAAUACUUCGUGAAGACUCAAUGAACAACUUUAUUGUUUCAAAUGAUCAAGCCCAUUUGAAAGUAUAGACUAAAUGUCCUUGCUGUGCUCUUACUAUUCUCUCUCUUUUAAAAUUUUUAUUUUUUUAUUUUUUAAAGAGGUCUCAGCCAAUAUAAUUUUUUAUUUUUAUGGAUUUAGGAGUACAAGUGCAGUUUUGUUGCUUUGAUAUAUUGCUUAGUAGCAUCAUCACCAGAAUAGUGAACAUUGUACCCAAUAGGUAGGAUUUCAUCCCUCAUCCACCUGCCAUCCUGCCAUCUUUUGGAGCCUCCAGUGUCAAUUACUCCAUUCUGUAUGUCCAUUGCUAAGCUCCCAACUACACCCACUUUAUUUUAUUUUAAAAAUUGUUUUCUUUUUCUGCAUACUUCUAUGGAUGCAAAGUCUUUUUCUUUUUUCUUUUUUUCUUUUCACAGACGAUGACUUCUUUUUUUGUUUGUUUGUUUGUUUUUGGCUGCUAACUCCCAAGCACAACACUGACAGUGACUUAUAUUUUUAAUUUUUUUAAGAGGCAAAGUCUACCUCUGAAGCUCUCUCUUUUUUUUUCUUUUCCCACUUCAAUAAGCUGGUCUAAAUUCUUGCUAUUCUCGAUGAAACCACCUUCUUCUAGAUUAACAGUGCCGGUACAGAUGAUUUGAUUUAUAUAUUGAUUUCAGCAUUGUCUUGUCAUGUACUCAGGUGAGAAAAUCCACACUUUUAUAUCUGAUGGCUUUACAAAACAAUUUUGUAAAUGACUGCAUAUGAUAAAGCCUUUGUGCCAAAAUGGGUUCAUGGCUUUAAAAACAUCACUAGAAAUGUCUAUUCAAGUUCCUUACACAUUUUUUUCUUUCCUUCUCUUUUGAUCUUACCCAUUUUUACAACUUAAAGCUUUUUUUUUUUUUUUGAGACAGGGUCUCACUCUGUCACCCAUGCUCAGUUGCAGUGACACAAACAUGGCUGAAGCCCAGCUAAUUUUUUUUUUUUUUAGAGACUGUUUUGCAAUGUUGCCCAGGCUGGUCUCUAACUCCUGGGCUCAGGUGAUCUGCCCACCUUGGCCUUCAAAAGUGCUGGGAUUACAGGUGUGAGCCACCGAGCUGGCCCCAAAACUUUUUUAAUGUUUAAAUUUUACCACUAUACUAAGGAGGAGUUACCCAUUUUUUUACUUGCCUUUUUUCUUCCUUCUUAUUAGGGAGGGGUAAGGAAGAAGACUUGGUUAGCAGAAAGCAGGUCUUAAUUGCUUUCUUGUUUGUUUGUUUUGUUGCUAUUGAGUUGUUUGAGUUCCUUAUAUGUAUUGGAUAUUAACCCCUUGUCAGAUGUCUGGCUUGCAAAUAUUUUCUCCCAUUCCAUAGGUUGUCUCUUUACUCUGGUGAUUGUUUCCUUUGCUGUGCAGAAGUUUUUUGGUUGGUUGUUUUAGCUACACAUCAUUAACUAAGAAGCUUUUUAGUUUGAUGUAAUACCAUUUGUCUAUAUUUAAUUUUGUUGUCCAUGCUUUUGGGAUCAAAUCCGAAAUAUCAUUACCCACGCCAAUGUCUUUUAUGUAUCCCCUAUGUUUUCUUUCUUUCUUUUCUUUCUUUCUUUCUUUCUUUCUUUCUUUCUUUCUUUCUUUCUUUCUUUCUUUCUUUCUUUCUCUUUCUUUCUUUCUUUCUUUCUUUCUUUCUUUCUUUCUUUCUUUCUUUCUUCUUUCCUUUCUUUCUUUCUCUUUCUUUCUUUCUUUCUUUCUUUCUUUCUUUCUUUCUUUCUUUCUUUCUUUCUUUCUCUUUCUUCUUUCUUUCUCUUUCCUUCUUUCAGCUAUCAUCUGACCCCUCUAUGUUUUCUUCAAGUAGUUUUAGGGUUCUUGGUCUUACAUUUAAGUCUUUCUUUCUUUCUUUCUUUCUUUCUUUCUUUCUUUCUUUCUUUCUCUUUCUUUCUUUUUUUCUUCCUUUUUCUUGUUGACAAUUUUCCUGAGCAAACUAAUGAAGGAAUGUUUAAGUUUUUAAUCCAUUUUGACUUUGGUAUAUGGUGUUGGAAUAAGGGUCCAAUUUUAUUUUUCUGUUUUCCAAAAUUUAGUUUUCCAUACAGCUUUAUUUAUUGAAUAAAGCUGUAAUUUUCUUCUUGGCAUGUUUGUUGAAAAUCAGUUAGAUUCAUCUCUGGGCUCUCUAAUCUGUUCCGUUCAUUGAUAUAUAUCUUUUUUGCCAGUUCCAUGCUAUUUUGAUUAGUAUAGCUUUGCAAUAUAGUUUAAAACCAGGUAGUGUGAUACCUCCAGCUUUGUCAACUUCAGAGACCUCUGAAGCAAAUACCUCCAGCAUUGUUCUUUUUCCUCCUGAUUGCCUUGGCUUUUUUUUUUUUUUGCAGUUUCAUAUGAAUUUUAUUUUUUUUUCUUUUUUUAAUUUAAAUUUUUAUUUUACUUUAAGUUCCAGGAUACAUGUGCAGAAUGUGCAGGUUACAUAGGUAUACAUGUGCCAUGGUGGUUUGCUGCACCUAUCAACCUGUCAUCUAGGUUUUAAGCCCCACGUGCAUUAGGUAUUUGUCCUAAUGCUCUCCCUCCCCUUGCCCCCUACCUCCUGACAGGCCCUGGUGUGUGAUGUUCCCCUCCCUCUGUGCAUGUGUUCUCACUGUUCAUCUCUCACAUAUGAGUGAGAACAUGCCAUGUUUGGAUUUCUGUUCCUGUGUUAGUUUGCUGAGGAUGAUGGUUUCCAGCUUCAUGUCCCUGCAAAGGGCUUCUUUUUUUUUUUUUUGAGACAGGCUCUCCCAGGCUGGAGUGCUGUGUCACAAUCAUGGCUCACUGCAGCCUCAACCUCCUGGGCUCAAACAAACAAUCCUCCUACUUUAGCCCUUGGAGUAGCUGGUACCACAGGUGUGCAUUGCCAGGCCAGGCUAAGUUUGUUUUUUUUUUUUUGUGAGGGUAGAGACAAACUCCUUGGCUCAAGCAGUUCUUCCACUUUAGCCUCCCAAAGUGCUGGGAUUAUAGGCUAUAAUUUUUUUUUUUCUUUUUUUGAGACAGGGUCUCACUCUGUUGCCCAUGCUGGAAUGCAGUGACACAAUCAUAACUCAUUGCAGCCUUGAUCUCCUGGGCUCAAGCAAACCUCCCACCUCAGUUGCCCAUGUAGUUUGGACCACAGGUGCACACCACCAUGACUGGUUAAUUUUUUGAUUUUUUGUAGAGAUGGAGUCUCUCUCUCUUUUUUUCCUUUUCUUCCUGAGACAAAGUCUCACCUUGUCAUCCAGGCUGGAGUGUAAUGGUGUGAUCUCAGCUCACUGCAACCUCCGCCUCCCAGGUUCAAGCAAUUCUCCUGCCUCAGCCUCCUGAGUAGCUGGGAUUACAGGCACGUGCCACCACACUUGGCUAAUUUUUUGUAUCUUUAGUUCAAGUGAUCUUCCCAUCUCACCCUCCCAAAGUGCUGGGAUUACAGGCAUGAGCCACUGUGCCCAACCAAGAGCUGAUUGUUGCAAAGAUCCUGGCACCUCCUUCCCCUCUAUCUUGCUUCCACUCUCUCACUAUGUAAUCUGCACAUUCUGGCUCCCCUUCACUUUCCACCAUGUGUGGAAGCUUCCUGAGGUCUUUACCAGAAGCAGAUUUGGCACCAUGCUUGUACAGCCUGCAGAAACAUGAGCCAAAUAUACCACGUUUCUUUAUAAAUUACCUGGUCUCAGGUAUUUUAUUGAGCAACAGAAAGAGACUAAAACAGUAUAAAUCCUUGUCUUCCUCCAGAUCUUACAGGAAAGGUUUUGAGUAUAAUGUUAGCUGUGGGCCUCUCAUAAAUGACCUUUAUUGUGUUGAGUUACAUUUCAUCUCUUUUUUUUUUUUUUUUUUUUUUAAGAAAGAGUCUCACUCUGUCGCCCAGGCUGGAGUGCAAUGGCAUGAUCUUGGCUCAUUGCAACCUCUGCCUCCCAGGUUCAAGCGAUUCUCCUGCCUUAGCCUCCCAAGUAGCUGGGAUUACAGGCAUGUGCCACCACACCCAGCCAAUUUUUAAUAUUUUUGGUAGAGAUGGGGUUUCACCAUAUUGACCAGGCUGGUCUGAAACUCCUGACCUCAAGUGAUCCACCCACCUUGGCUUCCCAAAGUGCUGGGAUUACAGGCAUGAGCCACUGUGCCUGGCCUUACAUUUCUUUUUUAAAAAUUUGCCCUCAAGGGUAUCCUCAAAGAGGUAUAUGCCCUCUACACCUAAUUUGGUGAACUUUUUUUUUGUCAUCUUUCUCUCCCUCUCUCUUGCUCUCAAUCUCUGCCUAGAGAAUGGAAGAUAAGAGAGAGUUUUUAUCAUAAAAGGAUAUUAAAUUUUGUGAAAUGAUUUUUGGCAUCUAAUAAAUGAUUAUAUGGUUUUUGUCUUUCA